AUCCCAAUGGCUUCUCAUUCCAAACCAUCCAAGGCACUCUGUAGAUAGAGGCCAAACAAAUAAAGCCUCUUUCAGAAUUUGGUUCCGGCCAAAAAAUGAAUUCCCUUAUUUGGCUAACGAUUUUGUGCUGCUCAUCAACGUUAGUGAGCAGCCAAAACCAACCCCAAAACAUAUUCAUUCUCGCCGGACAAAGCAAUAUGGCCGGACGCGGCGGGCCAGACGGCCUCGAGGCCAAAGACAUGGUGCCUCCGCCGCAAUGCAAUCCCAACCCGCGCAUCCUCCGGUUCAGCAAGGCGGGCGCGUGGGAGGAGGCACGUGACCCGCUCCACCGCGACAUCGACAUCGGCAAGAAAAACGGGGUGGGGCCCGGGAUGCCCUUCGCCAACACGCUCCUUGCCAAGGACCCUAGCAUCGGGGUGAUCGGGCUGGUCCCCUGCGCCAUCGGAGACACGGCGCUCAAGCGCUGGAGCCGCGGCGGCGACCUCUACGUCACCAUGAUGGAGCGGACUAGGGCCGCCCUCGCCGGCGGAGGAGUUCUAAGGGGUCUCAUGUGGUACCAAGGCGAGGCCGACAGCGGUAAAAUGGAGGAUGCCACCUCGUACAAGACCAGAUUCGAACAGUUUGUUGCCGACGUGCGAGCUGAGCUCCAGAUGCCUACGCUCCCUGUCGUGCAGGUGGCGAUAAAUGUGCAAUUACCAGACUAUGUGAACACAGUGAAGGCAUUAAGAGAAAGUCAGAAGACGGCGAACGUUAGCAACAUGAAAACUAUAGAUGCGUGGGGGCUGCCGACAGUAAGCGACAAAGUUCAUCUCACCGCUGAAUCUCAAGUGAAGCUGGGGCAGAUGAUGGCGGAUGCGUUCCUCCAAAUUGCGCCUCAGUGAAAAUACUUGCUUCGCCGCGUCCAUGGAUGGUUUGGAUAUCAAUAAUGUAUGGAGUCUUUUGGACAAGAUGACUCAUAAUAAAUGAACUUUGAUAAGUGUAUUUCACAUUUUAUUUUAUCUUUAUAAUAACAUUUAUCAAAUUCAAUUCU